CAUUUUGUUUAUCAUUAAAUUUGUUAGUUUCUAAAAUGUGGACGUUUAUUUUCGUGUGUUUAAUUUUAAGCGUGAUAGCGGAGGAGAAUGAGUUUAAAGUGGUUAAAUUGGAUGCUGGAUAUGUGAGAGGCGAUAAGUAUUGGAAUGGCGAUUAUUAUGAAUUCUAUGGUAUCCCAUACGCCUCAAUGCCGACGGGCAGGAAUAAGUUUAAGGGCCCAGAUCCCGUGAAGCCAUGGGACGACGAGUUUUACGCAAACAAAAACAGUAUUCUAUGCCAUCAAUGCUACUUAACCGAGGAAACCGGUGAUGACGUCAUGCUGGCGGGUGAUGAUGAAUGUCUCACUAUGAAUGUACUUGUACCAUUGUCAGUGAAUGAAAACAACCUAGCACCCGUGAUUGUAUACAUUCAUAGUGGAGCGUUUUCUGGUGGAAGCGGCAAUAUGGCGAAAUUCGGCUAUCUUGCUAGACAUGACAUUGUCGUUGUUAGCUUCAACUACAGAGUAGGCGCAUUUGGUUUUGUAUGCCUUGGCAAUGAAGAAAUACCAGGUAACGCUGCCUUGAAAGACCAAGUAGCAGCUUUACGUUGGAUCAAAGAAAAUAUAAGCAAGUUUGGUGGAGAUCCCAAUAAAAUAACACUCGCAGGAUUCAGUGUUGGAGCCACUAUGGCAGAAUUACUCGCUUUAUCUAAAGAAACAGAUGGUAUUAUCCACCAGUUGAUCUUAGAAAGCGGAUCAGCAUUAUCACCAUUUGCAAUCAAUCGUGAUCCCGUAAGCACGGCAUGGAACAUAGCGCAGGCUAUAGGCUAUAAUGGAACAGCUACUAUAGAAGAUUUAACAGAAUUUUAUUUAAAUGCUGAGAACAAGGACUUGGCCUUCCACAGCCUUAAUUAUUUUCAAAGGAAUAGCACAUUCGGAUUCGCCCCAUGCAUUGAAAAGGUUAAAGAAGGAGCUGUCAUUACUGAAUCACCACUUGACAUCCUAAAACGUGGUGACUUCAAAAGAAUACCUGUUUUAACUGGUUUCUCGAACAUGGAAGGCAUAAGUCGAACAAUCAAAUUUGGUGUGUGGAGGGAAGAGAUGAAUGAAAACUUCGCUGAUUUCUUACCAGCUGAUUUGAAAUUUGAAUCAGAAAACGAUAAAGAGGAUGUCAUAAGGGCUAUAAAGCAAAAAUAUUUCGAUAACAAAAAUGUCACUAGCGCAAGUCUGGCGCGAUACAUAGAUUAUUUUUCAGACGCCAUGUUCAAAUAUGCUAUCAUGAAGUCUGCUAAAUUACAUGCAGCUGCCUCAGAUAAGCCGGUAUAUCUGUAUGAAUUUUCAUACGUUGGAAAUUUAAAUAUGCAACAUAAUUAUAUGGAUCGGAUAAAAGGAGCAAGUCACCGAGACCAGACUGCAUAUAUUUUAGAUUUCUUCGGAUUCACAAAUAACUAUAGAGAUUUAGAUACUAGAGAAAGAUUGACGACGAUGUGGACCGAUUAUGUUCAAUAUGGAAAUCCUACAGAAUAUGAGAGCUCAAUUAUAUCAGUAAAAUGGCGGCCGUAUACAAAUAAACUUCAAUCAUAUCUCGAAAUAAAUAAACGUCUUCAGUUAAAACAAGGUUUAUUUAAUGAAGAAUAUAACUUUUGGAAUUUGUUUUAUGAAAAGUAUUACUGGAACCCUGCUACAGUUAAAUCGGAGUUAAAUGUAACUUACAAUCCAGAAGAUUCAACUACAGGCAAGAAAGUUCCGUUAAAAAAUAAACCAGUAAAAGCGCCAGAUACAGCAAAAAACGCACAGAAGGAUCCCGAAGCAGUUGUGAGGAAUGAUGAUACAAAAAAAGAUGAAAAUACUUCAAAACCCGGUGAUACCAAAUCACCCCAUUUUAAAAGUACAACAACUAUCAAAAAACUAGAUGAAUCAGGAAAAAUAGUUACAAAGGUUAUAAAUCACGGGAGUGGUGAAACAGUAAUCGAAUCAAAACUAAAUACGGCUAAAUCAAACGAGAAAGAUGAACAAAUACAAGCAAAUAAAGAAGAACAAGUUAAACCACAGAGCGUUGUAAAAAAUAUGGAAACUGACAAAGCAAAAACGAAAAAAAGUGAAGACAAAGAGCAAGAAGUAAAGAAGAUAAAGGAAAAUCAACAAGAAUCAGUAAAAAUCAAUGUAAAAAAAUAA